AUGGCGACAACAGCAGUGGCCAUUCCAUCGGAGGGAGGAGAUGAACUUUUUGCCAAGUAUUUUGCUGAAAUCACGCUCGAUGUGGUUGAGGAGCAGACCUUCCUGAAGCGAGCCAUGGAAGAGCCAGGGCCCAGGUAUGUCCACCUGCGGCGCAGCUCCAUCGGGACCGUGACGAUCCCCCCUCACAUUGAGGAGAACCAGCCUCACAAAGUCAUCUCCCAGGUGUGGACUGGGCACCCCAAAGUUGAUCGGACACUGUUUAUCAUGGACCGCCGUGCCGAAAAUCGGCUGCGGGAGCUGAAAGCAGUCGGCACGCAAAAGAGCGUACCCAUGCUCAGAGGCGUCGCUUGCUCAAAGAAGAACUAUGGGGCCCGAUUGGGACCAGAGCCAUUUGGAGAUUCCUUCCGCCACGGGCUCAGCUGCCGAUAUGAUGCAGGGAGCCCAUGUGCUGAGAACCCACUUGGAGCUUGGAUGUGA